UGCCUCAUACACGCAAAAGCAUUGCUUGCCUUCUUUUCGGGAGUGCAAAUUCUUCUUCUAUUUCCUCUCAAUCGCUGAUAAAAGAGGAAAUGACUUAACUAAAAGACUCCUUGUUAGCCCACAAAAAUUCCCAGCCACCGAUCACCACCCGCGUCUCCGGUACUACUUUCUAGUUCUUCUGUUGCAUCCUGGUAAACCCUAGCUCGGUUUUCUCGCCGGUAUCAAUCCCUUCUUUCGAUUCUUCUCCUCUUCCGAAUCCCCUGGUACCUUCAGAAGGUUGGUUCCAAUCGCAGCUGAGACCGAAGGACUUUUUUUGACAAUUUGUUCCAGAUUCAUACCAUCGUUAUUCCUUAGUUUUGAUUUCUGGUGGAUUCUUAACUCGGAGUUUGAAAUGUCAGCUUCCGACGACGGCAGUUCAUCACCUCGAUCACAGCUAUGCUCUCAAGCGUUUGGAGACUUGCUCGACUCCAUAAUUGUAGAUGUGGCAUCAGAAUGCCACCGGAUAGCCCGGCUAGGUCUGGACCGAAAUCUGGAAGAGGAGGAGGAAGAACUUAGACUCUCGGCUCAGGCAAGGGUGGCAGAUCCUAGCAGUAGUAGUGAUGGUAAUAGCAAGAACAUGGUUGAUAUAUUCGGGCAGACUCAUCCUGCUAUUGCCAGUGAGAUCUUUGAUUGCAUGAACUGUGGGAGACCAAUAGUUGCUGGCCGGUUCGCACCGCACUUAGAGAAGUGCAUGGGGAAGGGGCGGAAAGCAAGGCAAAAGAUGACGAGAAGCACUACAAUGACACAGAGCAGGAGUUCCCGUGGUAGCCCAAUAUCCGUCUAUGCUCCAUACUCUACUGCCAACAGCAUCAACAGAGUUCCAAAUGGUGGUAGUGGUGCUUCUGCAGAGUACAAAGACUAUGCAUUUGAUGAGCCAUGAGAUGCCAACCAAGGUCAUGUUUCAUAACUUUGUGGCAUCUAAAUUGUCAUGAUGCUGAAACUUCACAAGGUUCCAUACUUCAGGACCUGAAGAAUGUGGUUGCAUCUUUUUGGCCGUUUUAUUAGAUAAAUAAAUAUAUAACUGUUUUGUCAUUUGAUUUUCUUCACCUUAAAUGUCUUUGAAAGUCUAAUUCUUACGAAAUAACUAAUUAAGUUAAGAAAGAAAGUUUUGAUUAUGUAAAAGAAGAUUCUUAAGAUAUAUUACUCUUCACUGGCUUACACA